AUGACCAGUUUAGGGUUGAUAAUUGAAAAGGCCAGCCUCCUACACCCAGGACCAGGAGGGGCUAUUGCAAUUGUCAAGGAUGGAGUGCCCCUCGCCCAGCGGGCAUGGGGAUUUGCUGAUCUCAACCAGCGGAUUCCAAUGACAACGGAAACCCCAUUCCCAAUCUGCUCCAUUACCAAGCAGAUGGUUUGUGCUGUCCUGCAGACUCUCAGGGACAAUCCCACGCCGACCAUGCCGACAGACGAGCCAGUCAGUGACCAGCUCGAGGCAAACCUGAAAAAACUGCUGCGCCGCAACUUUUGUGAGGACAAGAAGCUCUCUAUCCAGUUGCUGUGCGAUAACCAGUCUGGGAUCCGCGAUUAUUGGGCCACCAACACUCUUCUUGGCGCCAAGCCAGACGACCACUUCUCCCUCGAGGCUGAUGCGCGCGCAAUGAUUCACCGUGUCAGGUCUCUUCAUUUCAAGCCCGGCACCGAGUUCUCUUAUUCCAAUACCAACUUCCACAUCCUUGCCCGGGUCGUGGAAAUGACGAGUGGCCAGUCCCUCUCCAAGUUGCUCGAAGAGAGAUUGUUUCGCCCCGCGGGAAUGGAGACAGCCGUGCUCUGCCCAUCCACCGAACACCAGCCAGGGCCGUGUGUGGGAUAUGAAGGCGGACUUAAGCAGGGCUACUUCCCUGCCAGGAACCGCAUCGAGUGGUCUGGAGAUGCAGGCGUCGUUGCUUCGCUCAAGGACAUGCUCGCCUACGAGCUCUAUCUUCAGAAGAUCAUACGCGAUUCCAAGAGCUGGUAUCAUCAACACUCAAAACAUGGGACCUUUUCAGACGGAACCAAAUCCGCUUAUUCCAACGGAUUGUUUUUCGAUGAGAUGGAUGGAUCGGUGCUCAUCGGCCAUGGCGGUGCCUUACGCGGCUACCGCAUCAGUCGGACCCAUUCGCCUUCCCAGGGCCUUUCAGUUGUCGUGAUGCUCAACUAUGAGGCGGAUGCGGAGAGUAUCUCGAAGUUUGUCCUACGAGAGAUCCUCGCCAUUUCUAAAGCCCCGACUCACAUGACGGCUCCCGUCAACCCGUGGCAUUUCGAGGUGGCAGGCGAAUGGACCGGCAACUUUUUGGAUUUAGACACUUUUCUUUCCAUCAGAACUAAGAUCACGGGCGAGAAGACUGUCUCGAUCUUAUACUCAGGGGAAACAGAAGAGAUUCAGCUGAAUGAAUCCAGAAAAGGGAUCUCGCAGGACAUGCGGGCUGAGAUUGAUGGUGACACGCUCAGAAUCCACCGCUUGAAGGACAACAGGAUGCUCGAGGGAAUCCGUCUCCACCCGAACCAAGCAUCUCGACGCGAACCUACUAUGCUUGGAACAUACGAAUGCACUGAACUUGGCUCUAGCUUUACGUGUUUUGGCCAAGGAGAGGCACUGUAUGGCGCGUUUGACGGGCCGCUGGGUCACGGACCGGCAUCGCCCAUGAGUUAUCUUGGGGAUAACGUUUGGGUUAUUGCCUGCGCGCGCGGUCAGGAUGCUGACGCGCCUGGUGACUGGACUCUCGUGUUUGAUCGUGCCGAUGCCGAGACCGGUAUUAUAUCUGGGGUGACGGUUGGCUGCUGGUUGGCUCGCAAGUUUGGGUUUAUAAAAUGGGGAUUCUAG